AUGCCUAUCACCCGCUCCAAACAUCGUCCAUCUCAACCGCAAUGUACCCUUCCUCAUAUUGAAUCCAACAACACUUCAUCGUCAAUUGCCAAGAAUAAGAAAUCAGCCGCAGCUACGCUUCCAACGCCAUCCGCUACCCAAACCAAUUUGGACACUCGUUCAACUCGUGGCAGCACUAAACGCAAAGGCGCCUCAGCUUCCACCAACCAUCAGUCUAAUAAUUUACAUUCACACUCAGAUUCCGAAAAUGAAACUCCCGAUGACGAUAUGUACCAGCCCAAUCCGGACAAUUCAGAAUCCGAACAAUCUACAACCAAUCAUGACAAAGAACCGACCGCAAAAAUCUUGCACAAUCGCUCCAGAGCUAAGAAAGCUAGCAGCAGGCCUUCAAAACGAUGGAGAGCUAGGUGGAACCCGGUCUCCGGAUUGUUUGCGGCUUUGGCAGAGUUAUGCUACCCGGGCUCUUGA